AUGGAUACCGAUUAUCUUUCCUGUCUGCACCGUGAGAAUGUUGAUCUUAUCUACAAUGACCCCAUCGACCACAUUACAGAGAGAGGCAUCGUAAUGAGGUCAGGACAAGCAAUUGAUGCUGACGCUAUUUUCCUGGCUAAUAGGUUUGAAACCCAGAAGCCACUGUUCCCGAUGGAGAUACGAGGGCAAAAUGGACAAAGUAUUGCUGAUCAUAUUCGGAGUCAUUUGAAGUCAAUCGGUUGGUGGUGGCUCGAAUUUGCAGAUAGCUCACUGGAGGCUUAA